AUGCCCUGUCCCAGCUCCUGCCCCCCCGGGCUCUUAGCCCUGAUGGCACCUGGGCUGGCUCUCAUGGCCACCUUCUCGCUGCCCUCCCAGGCCGGGGACAGGAGAGCGCUGCCGGUGGAGAAACCUCCAGGUGUGAAGGGAAGAACUCUCAUUCUCCUUGAUGUCAACACCAAGAGCCCUGUCAGGAUAAUCAGUGAGAAUUUCCUCUCCCUGCAGCUGGACCCCUCCAUCAUUCAUGAUGGCUGGCUCGAUUUCUUAAGCUCCCGGCGGCUGGUGACCCUGGCGCGGGGCCUGGCUCCCGCCUUCCUGCGCUUCGCGGGCAAGAGGACGGACUUUCUGCAGUUCCACAACGUGAAGAACCCGGCCAAGAGCCGCGGCGGGCCCGGCCCCGACUACUACCUCAAGAACUACGAGGACGACAUUGUUCGCAGCGACAUUGCCCUGGAUAAGCAGAAAGGCUGUAAGAUCGCCCAGCAUCCUGACAUAAUGUUGGAGCUACAGAGGGAAAAGGCAGCUCAGAUGCACUUGGUUUUGUUAAAGGAGCAGUUUUCAAACACAUACAGCAACCUCACAUUAACAGCCAGGUCUCUAGACAAACUCUAUAACUUUGCUGACUGCUCUGGCCUUCACCUGAUCUUUGCACUGAAUGCUUUGCGCCGAAAUCCCAACAACUCCUGGAACAGCUCCAAUGCCCUCAGCCUGCUGAAGUACAGUGCCAGCAAAAAGUACAACAUCUCCUGGGAGCUGGGCAACGAACCCAAUAACUAUCGGACACUGAUCGGCCGCUCGGUGAACGGCAGCCAGCUGGGGAAGGACUACAUCCAGCUGAGAAGCCUGCUGCAGCUUAUCCGCACUUAUUCCAGAGCAAACCUCUAUGGGCCGAACAUUGGGAGGCCCAGAAAGAACGUCAUCACUCUCCUGGAAGGGUUCAUGAAAGUGGCUGGCAGCACGGUGGAUGCUGUUACCUGGCAACAUUACUACAUUGAUGGCCGAGUGGCCAAAGUGACGGACUUCCUGAAAACGCGCCUGUUAGACACGCUCUCUGACCAGAUCAGGAAAAUCCAGAAAGUAGUGAACACAUACACUCCAGGGAAGAAGAUCUGGCUGGAAGGCGUUGGCACAACCUCGUCCGGAGGCAUGAACAACCUCUCCGAUUCCUAUGCGGCCGGGUUCCUGUGGCUGAACACGCUGGGCUUGCUGGCCAGCCAGGGCAUCGACGUCGUGGUGCGGCACUCCUUCCUUGACCAUGGCCACAACCACCUCGUGGACCAGAACUUCAACCCCUUGCCGGACUACUGGCUCUCCCUGCUCUACAAGCGCCUCAUCGGUCCCAAGGUCCUGGCGAUCCACGUGGCCGGUCUCCAGAGGAAACCCCGGCCCGGCAGGGUCAUUCGCGACAAGCUCCGUAUUUACGCCCACUGCACCAGCUACCACAACCACAACUACGUCCGGGGGUCCAUCACCCUUUACAUCAUCAACCUACAUCGCUCCCGGAAGAAAAUCAAGUUGGCGGGGACGCUGCGGGAUAAGAUCGUCCACCAGUACCUGCUGCAGCCCUACGGCAAGGACGGGCUCCACUCUAAGUUGGUCCAGCUCAACGGGCAGCCACUGGCCAUGGUGGACGAUGGGACCCUGCCCGAGCUAAAGCCUCGUCCGCUGCGGGCCGGCCGCACCCUGGUCAUCCCCCCGCUGACCAUGAGCUUCUACGUGGUGAAGAACGUGAACGCGCUGGCCUGCCGGUACCGAUAG